AUGUCGGCUGUCUUUCUGACAUUCGAAACCGCAGAUAGGAAUGUGCUCAAAUAUCCCAUUCGUUCCAGGACUUCCUCUCCUCCACUUUCAUGUCCGACUCCCACGUUCGCGUUUUCUUACCAGCUUCUACAUAGCGCCACGCACGAACUACUUUGUGAAGAGGAACAAGGAGGUUCCGAGGUAAUACUUGAAAUGGAGAGAGCAGGGAAUGACGAGUACGAUUCGUGGGUUCGUGAGAUGGUCGAACUGAUUCAACUCAUCAGUUUAGGAUCAACGCAGCUGCCGCACUUCCAACAACGCCGCCAUUGGCGACUCGUCAUUGCCCGCGUCAGGGGGUUUCAACACGGAAGUUACCCGGACCUUGACAUAGAGCGAAUUCUAUCUCUCGCGGCCCAAGUUAAAUGCUCAGACAUCAGCAUUCUCUCAGUAAAUGGGAUUCUGUUUCGAGGGAAGACGAAAUGGAAACGGCGCGAGAUGUUAAGCCAAUGGUUCGGUUUGGUUUUCCGGCGUUUUUACUGGGAGCUUGAGGAUCAGUCAGGUAGAGACACUUGCACAAUGUCCCAAGUGAGUUUUACCGGCGCCAGAGGUUCGACAAGACUCUCCAUUUAUAUCUCGACUGAGAUUGAUUCUGCUAGAAGCACCCUGUCCGUCGUCCUUACUGUAUCCGGCGUUCUUACUGUAUCCGGCGUUAGCUCUGUUGUCCAAGGGACACGAGGGAAGGAGGGUAUCGAAGGUCUUGCUGUGUUUCUGGAGCGUUCUGACAGCCCUUGCCACGAUCCUGAUCGAUCCCUUAUAGGCUAG